AUGUUUAUUGAGGAAGAGCUGAUUGCGUCUUUUGGUAGAUGUUCUGUGGUGAGAGAUGUUCCGGCAAUUUUUUCGAUUUCAGAUUCUUCUGACGACGACUCAGUGUCCAUCGAGGAGUCAACUUUGACCUUAACUGGUUCUUCGUAUAGCUUCAAGAACUUUUCCCAAAGUUCUUUUGCGCUUUUGUACCAUCCUCCCCAGAGCAGCACCACUAUUCGCGAGUUGGACUUCUUCUCCGGCGGCGAGCGAUCGGAGACGGCAACCAGUGGAGAAGAAACACCUAACCACCACCAUGUUUAUGUCAAUACUGACUUGAACCUCUGCACGGCCCACGGCGAUCAUUCGGCGGCGGACGGCAGAAGUAAGAGAGCGGUUGAAGAAGUGGAAGCGAACUUGGAACUGCUGGAAGAAGAGAACAAAUGGCUGAGGGAGGAAUUGAAGCAAGAGCGAGCCGAGUGCAGAACCCUCAAGAUGCAGGCAAGGCAGCAACAAAACCAAGGCAACGAUCAAUUGAAAGUAGUUUGUGGCAAAAUUGAGGACGUGAAGAAUACUGAUGAGAAUGCAAUUACUGUGCCAAUUAGGCAGCUGAUGAAACAUGUUCCACCGCACUUAUUGGCGUCGGCGGCAAGCUACGAAUUAGACAACGUGGAGAAGGAAGUGCAAUCGCAUUGUGUUUCUAGGAAAGCCACCAAGGGAGAAUCCGGCUCCAGUUCCAGGAGCAUAAAUGAGCAAGCUGAGGAAGGCCUUAUGAGCAAAGCUCGUGUUGUUUUUCGAGUUCGCUCGGAAGCACCGAUGAUUCCUGAUGGAUGUCACUGGCGAAAAUACGGACAAAAGAUGGCCAAAGGAAACCCAUUCCCAAGGGCGUACUUCAAAUGCACUUUGGCACCCAAUUGCCCCGUGCGCAAACAGGUGCAGAGAUGCGCCGAUGACGCAUCAUUGUUGACAAUCACCUAUGAGGGUAAACACAACCACCAGCUUCCCCCCGGAGCCAAGAAGAUGGCGGCAGCAACUACCUCGGCAAUGUCAAUGCUCCUCUCCGGAUCUAUGACUACGUCGUCGAAACCUGAGCCAGGGCGGUUUAAGUUUAUUUGA